AUGAUGCUAAAGACGUUGCGAGAACAUCAGCUAUAUGCUAAGUUUUUCAAGUGUGGGUUUUGUCUUUAUGAAGUUUCUUUCUUGGGACACGUGUUAUCUAAGGAUGGUUUUCAAGCUGAUCUGAAAAAGGCUGAAGCGUUGAAGGAACUUUUGACAACAUCACCUGUGUUAGCUUUACCUGAAGGUCCCAAUGGUUUUACUGUGUAUUGCAAUGCUUCUAGAGUUGGUUUGGGUUAUAUCUUGAUGCAACAUGGUCGGGUGAUUGCUAAUUCUUUGAGGCAGUUGAAGAAGCAUGAAGGUAAUUAUCCUACGCAUGAUUUAGAGUUGCCAACCAUAGUGUUUGCGUCAAAGAUUUGGAGGCUUAUUUGUAUGGAGCGACUUUUUCAGAUUUCAGCUUUAGGAGAUCUUGUGGCACAGUUAGAAAUGCGAUUUGUUUUUGUCGAGCAUAUCAAAGCUUUGCAACCUGAGGGUCCUCAGUUAAGGAAGAUUAUGUCAGAAGUGUAUUAA